CACUCACCUCAAGGUGUUGACUCCAAUCAAAACACUCCACACGAUGAGUCUGAAAGUUCCACAAAAGGUAAUGAAGACAGUUCGACUAAUCGGACUGUUGAACCUCCUGCCCCUGCUGCUGCAUCUCCUACUGCUCCGGGUAGUGUUGAUCCAACAGGUAAAAAUAAUGAUGAGCGCGGAGUCAUCGGUGCCCCCGGUGAGCAAGUAUCUCCGGAUACUGAAGGUGUAAAAGGUUCUAAUGGUGGUGCUGCUGUUAGUGUUAAACUUCCUUCAAGUGAACCUGAAAAUGGAAGCGGUGAACAAAGAACAACAGGUGAAAAUGCAGGUAAAGGGGAGGGUGAAGAAGCGCAACCUUCUCCUUCUCCCGACAAUUCAAACCAAGAAAGUGCCGGUGAUAAUAAUGCGACAGCUGGAAAUGGCAGUACACCUGCAGAAGGUGGGUCAACAAGUAAUCAAGAAAGUGUGGGAAAUACAGAAACCACCACCACCACCACCACAACAACAACAACAACAACACUUCCUCCUGAACUCACAAACAACAAGAAGGGUGAUGCAGACAGCAGCAGCAGU